AUGGCUACCGUCAAACCGACUCUCACUACACUCGCCCCUGCGUCUUCAAUUGUCGCAUCAGCGACACCCUCGUGCACAACUGCAGCGCCCGACAAGUGCGGCUAUGUCCCUCCGGACUCUUGCAACGCCAAUUAUGGAUUCUACCCCAAUUGGGAAGACAACACAGCUUUUGCGGUUGCCUUUGGCUUGUCCACCGUGGCUCACCUGGCCCAAGCAAUCAUUCUCAAACAGAAAUUCUGUUGGGUCAUCGUGAUGGGAGCAUCUUGGGAGUGUAUCUGUUUCAUCGCUCGCGCCCUAGGUGCCAGGGACCAGCAGCAAGCGGCCUACGUCACCGUCUCGACUCUUCUAUUUCUACUUGCACCGAUUUGGAUUAAUGCAUUCAUAUACAUGAUAGUCGCCCGUCUUGUCCAUCUCGUCAUUCCGCAGCGCCGCGUGGCCGGCAUCUCCGCACAAUGGCUCGCCAAAAUUUUCGUCAUCUUCGAUGUCAUGUGCUUCAUCAUCCAGGCUGCUGGUGGGGGCAUGCUCGCCUCGGACAAUGCAGAUACAUCUAAACUGGGGCAGCAUAUUUAUAUGGUUGGCAUUGGUAUCCAGCUUGGCUGCGUCGUGGUCUUUCUUGUUAUUCACGGCCUUUUCUAUCGCGAGCUUUCUCUUAAUGCUCGUAUAGGCAAGCAAGAGACUCGGACCCGGUGGUUGAAGCCUCUCUGUUGGGUUGUCUACAUAGUCCUUGUCCUCAUCGUGGUGCGAGUUAUCUUUCGUCUCGUCGAAUUCGGUGGUGGUGCAAAUAGCAACAAUGUGGUACUUCGACACGAGGAGUUCCAGCUCUACCUUGAUGCAUUGCCGAUGCUCAUCGCUUUGGUCUUGCUGAACGUGGUGCAUCCUGGUCAGGUAUUGAAAGGUCCUGGUGCCAACUUUCCAUCCGCCAAGGUCAAGUGGUGGCAUGGCCGAUCAGUGGCAUUUGAGACACUCGAACUGUCGUCGACACACAGGAGUGGAUGA